AUGCCGCUCAUCAAACUGCAGCACGUAGUGUCCUGCAGCACAGAAGACACGACGCACAAAGCUGAAAACCUGCUGAGUUCUGACACCUACAGGAAGUGGAAGGCAGCCCGAGCAGGAGAGAAGCAGACCUCUGUGAUUCUACAGUUUGAGAAAGAGGAGCAGGUGCACAGCAUCGACAUCGGGAAUGAAGGCUCAGCUUUCAUUGAAGUCCUGGUGGCCAACUCUUCAGCGGCGAGAGACCAGGACUACGAGGUAAUGUUGAUUAACUGUACGACAGUGGGGAAGAGGGAGCAGCGGCUGCUGUCAGAGCUGUAUGAAGAUAAGGCACUGGCUGGAAAUUAUGCAUAUUACAGCAAGAUAAAGGGCACACAUCAAACAGGAUCUAUUAUGUAA